UAUGUUUAAAAAAGUAUUUUUCAGAGUAAAAAAAUGAAUUAGUUAGAAUAAAGGAAUGAAUUGAUAAUUCUAUGAAUACAGUAGAUUGAAUGAACGUAUGUAUGAAUGAAUGAAUGAAUGAAUGAAUGAAUGAAUAUUAAGCAAGGAUGGAUGAAUUGGUGAAUGAGAAAACUAUAGUUCUUCAUCCUGGCUCCCUCUAUCUAAGGAUUGGAACUGAAUCUCCAAUAACGAGUUUACACUGCAUUGCCAGAAGACGGAAACCUGGUGGUGGAAUAUAUAACGAGAUAGAGUCCUUACAGGCGUUGAGAUCUAAAAGAAGUGGAUGGGAGGGAGGGAAAACAUCAAGCUCAGGAUCAGAACAGUCUCAGGAUGUUCUGAACAUGAAUCUGGUGAACAAUGUUGAGAUUUAUGAUGAACCUGCCCCACAACCUUCUCAUCAGGAUGUUAUUGUUGGUGACGCUACCCUGAAAUGUGAUCUUUCCCAGUACAAUCUACAUUUCCCGUACAAGGGUGGAGAGUUAAAUUUGCAUCCUGGCAUAGGAGGAUCCCUAACUAGUGUACUUUCUGACCUUGCCAUCAUCUGGAGCAAUGCAAUCAGUCAAGGACUUGGAAUUGAUACUUCACAGUUCCCUAAUUACAAGAUAAUCCUCCUUAUACCCUCCGUGUACAAGAGAAAUCACAUAAAGCAUCUAAUGCAUCUACUUCUAGGUCAACUCAACUUUCAGGCUGCAUUCCCUCUACAGGAGGAUGUUGCUGCCACCUUUGGGACCGGGCAUGCUGCAGCCUGUGUUGUGGAUUUAGGUCAGCGGAAUAAUUUGUCCGUGGAAAAUGGGUGUCCGUAUCGAAGAGACUACUCUAAUCUUCCUGACUAUAUUCUCACUCAGAACAUCAAGGUAAUUUAG